AUGGUUUGGAUACCUCUCAUCGGUAGACUCUCAGUGAGAGAGUAUCUCGCCCUCCUUCUCGGAUUCAUGUUCAUCGCGUUCGAGGGUUUAAUUCGCAUCGUCGUCCUUCUGCUACCUAAACCAAUAAUCAACUGGCUUUAUAAGCGAUCUCGCUCUCUUUACGAUGCAUACGGUCCAAAACGCAGAGUUAAACCAGCUGACAAGAAACUCGCAGACAAGAUUCUUCGUGCACGAGAUUUUGCCGAGUUGUGCGCGCUGUAUGGGUACACACCAGAGGAACAUGUCGUGUUGACCAAGGAUGGCUAUUUGUUGGGACUCCACCGAUUACCAACGAGAAAGGACGAGGAGAAUAAUCAUCCUGGAACCAGCACAGGAAAGCCAGUUGUGUAUCUUCAUCAUGGACUGUUGAUGAAUAGCGAAGUCUGGGUUUGUCUAACUGCAGAGGACAGGACGUUGCCUUUCGUUCUUGUCGAGCAAGGAUAUGAUGUCUGGUUGGGAAACAAUCGAGGCAACAAGUAUUCAAAGAAGAGUAUACAUCAUGGACCAAAUACACCCCCCUUUUGGGACUUUAGUAUUGACGAUUUUGCCUGGCACGAUAUUCCUGAUUCUAUCGAGUAUAUCCUUGACAUCACCAAAGCACCGAAAGUGAGCUAUGUAGGAUUCAGCCAAGGAACCGCUCAAGCAUUUGCAGCCCUGAGCAUACACCCUCAGCUGAACGAGAAGAUAAAUGUUUUCAUUGCCCUCGCUCCAGCUCUCAGCCCGGCGGGGCUGGCAACCUCCAUCGUAGACGGUUUGAUGAAGUCCUCCCCUACUCUUGUGUUCCUUUUCUUCGGCCGGAAAUCUAUCCUAUCCUCCGCUACCAUGUGGCAAGCCAUACUUUACCCUCCACUUUUCGCCAAAGUAAUUGACACGGCUCUCAUCUGGAUGUUUAAUUGGCGCGGAAGGAAUAUUACUACAACACAAAAGAUCGCCGCUUAUGCACAUCUCUACUCUUACGCCUCCGUCAAGUCCGUCGUUCACUGGUUUCAAAUCAUGCGAAGCGGUGAAUUCCUGAUGUACGAUGACGAUGUCAUGUCACCCGUGAUGCGUACGUCUGUUAGUUCCUACAGACCAGCAAGAUUCCCUACCAAGAAUAUCGUCACUCCCAUAGUCCUCCUCUAUGGCGACAGUGACAGUCUUGUUGAUAUCGACGUGAUGAUGAAGCAACUUCCGAAACAUACUGAAGUCCGUCGAUUGAGUGGUUACGAACACUUGGAUAUCUUAUGGGGAAAGGAUGUCGAUAAAGACGUUAUUCCGGAAGUUCUGGAUGCCCUUAAACGUCACGGAGACAAGUUGGCAGGACUGGUCAAUGGAAUUAGACGCGUCCGCAGGGAAGAGCAGGGCGACUUGACUGAAGUUAGUUCGAUCACAGACAGCCCUCUCAUUUCGUGA